UAAGAAUAGUUUGCCGCACUAUUUGUUUCCAAAGCUGCUAGCCUCUAAACAAAAUCCAGGCACACACCGUUGCCAGCAGCAUCCCAACGGUGUCACGGUUCUUUCAAGUUUCUUUUCUUUUUGUCAGCAUGAUAAUGGCACUGCUUUACCAUUAGUUUCUCCUCAGGUGGAGCGGUGCGUUGCGAUUAUUUGUAGCAAGCUCCAUAAUUCCCAGCAGCCGGACCGGGCGGCGUACUGCAUCGCGUUCGUGACACGAAAAACAUGCUCAUCUGCUCUGGUUGCAUACGGAAUGAGAACAAAUCUGUCAUUUUCUCACUCGGCACUGAAAAUUCUCGGAUGCUACCAUUCAUUUCUUUGGUCCCACCUUAUAUGAAGCGGAAGAGCAUUCGAACACUCCUCCCAAGUAGUCAUGCACCUCUUCCUUUUGGCCCCCCUUCUUCUUUGGCUCCUUGGCACUACCAGAGCUCAGAUAGUAGCGGAAAGUACUUUGUCUUUUCAACUGGAGUCGGGCUUGAAAUUCGUACUUCGCCAGAUAGGACUGCGUUCACCUUUGUGGGCUUAGUCUGGCCUAACGGUGCCAGCUGGACCGAUCCGUAUACACUCACUUCUAAUGGUGCCCUUUGGGCCCCGGACUGCUAUUACGCGAAUGGUGUUUUCCAUCUUUACUACGCUACGUCGUCCUUCGGAUCUCAAAAUUCUGCGAUCUUCUAUGCAACGUCUUCCACUGGUUUGCCAGGUAGCUUCACUAACCAUGGCCUUGUGACGUCAACUUCGUCGAGCAAUAACUAUAAUGCUAUCGAUCCCAACCUUUUAGUGGAUGGCAGUAAUUGGUAUCUUUCUUUAGGCAGUUUCUGGACUGGGAUCAAAGUCGAGUCCGUGUCACUAUCCACGGGAUUCCCUACGAGCUCUGUAACGUCCAUCGCUCAGCGCACAGCGAAUGGCGGCGCUAUUGAAGCCAGCGUCAUAUACAAGCACGGAAGCUUCUACUAUCUAUUCACUUCGUGGGACCUGUGCUGUCGAGGAACAUCUUCAACGUACAAUAUUCGCGUCGGAAGAUCCACAUCCCCGACAUCUGGCUUUGUUGACCAAGCGGGUGUGGCCUUGACAUCUGGCGGAGGGACUCUGGUUCUGGGUACCCAUGGUAGUAUUGUGGGUCCUGGAGGACAGGAUUUGAUGGACGAUGUUGACGGCCCUAUUCUUGUAUACCAUUAUUAUACAUCGUCGGGCAGCUUUCUGGGCAUCAACCGACUCGACUUCUCCACCGGAUGGCCGGCGGUUGUUUGAUUUUAGUCUUCUCCUUCGCUGCGUUGCAUAUUGUUUCAUUCUCUAUAUACUUCUUGCCGUAUUUCAGUUGGGUCUAUUCGCUCAAUCUAAGUUUCCUUCCAAGGAUCAAACACGAUCUUGCCGACCUCUCCCUUAUCAAACGCGGCAUACAUCUGCACUGCCUCAUCAAAGCCGACAAUUCUGUCAAUCAAACCCGAUUCAUCACCUACAGUCCCGAAUACAUCUUGACGCUUGACUACCAGAGUCGAACGAGAUCAGUCAAAACUUGACAACUAAGGGACGAA